UGACAAAGUUAAUGCCAAACGAACAAGAAACUGGAGUACCCGGACAGCCAGGACUUCGAAGCAAGGCUGUGUCUCACACAGCAAGAAAAAGGACUCUAUCAAAUAAUAGACACCUGCACUUAGAGGCAGCUCCACACCUACCGAGAGUGAAGAAGGUGAAGACGAUAUUAGCAACCAAGUUGGCCAGGAGAGGCUGACUGCAGUACCGCGAGGAUCUGGGCCUGAAAAGCAAUUCACAGGCGGCGUCCUCCAUCCAUCACUGUGUCGGAGAAGACAACAGUGGUGUCAGAGGUCUCCAUGUAGAUCAGCGACUCCCACUUUUCGCCAUGGACACAUCCGGGAAGACGGAAGUGGUUCUCCUGGCCUGUGGCUCUUUCAACCCCAUCACCAACAUGCACCUCAGGCUGUUUGAGCUGGGCAAGGACUACAUGAACGCAACAGGAAAAUACAGAGUCAUCAAAGGCAUAAUUUCACCUGUUGGUGAUGCGUACAAGAAGAAAGGACUCAUCCCUGCCCACCACCGAAUUAUCAUGGCAGAGCUCGCCACCAAGAAUUCACACUGGCUGGAAGUGGACACGUGGGAGAGUCUUCAGAAGGAGUGGGUGGAGACUGUGCAGGUGCUCAGACACCAUCAGGAGAAGCUGGCAACUGGCAGCUGUGAUCACCCACAACGCUCAUCUGAGCUGGACAGACCCGGGCGGAAGAGGAAGUGGGAUGAACAAAAACAGGACGCUAGCCCAAAGAAACCCCAAGAGCCAAAGCCAACAGGUGUGCCCAGGGUGAAAUUGCUGUGUGGGGCAGAUUUACUGGAGUCCUUCAGUGUGCCCAACUUGUGGAAGACUGAGGACAUCACCCAAAUCGUGGCCAACUACGGGCUCAUAUGUGUCACUCGAGCUGGCAGUGAUGCUCAGAAAUUCAUCUAUGAGUCUGAUGUGCUGUGGAGACAUCAGAACAACAUCCACCUGGUGGAUGAAUGGAUCACCAAUGACAUCUCCUCCACCAAGAUCCGGAGAGCUCUCAGAAGGGGCCAGAGCAUCCGCUACUUGGUCCCCGACCUUGUCCAAGAGUACAUUGAAAAGCAUGAUCUGUACAACUCCGAGAGUGAAGAAAGGAAUGUUGGGGUCAUUCUGGCACCUCUACAGAGGAAUGUCUCCCAGAACAAGCACAGCAAUCCCACAGCAUGAUGCUGUGCAUGACAUCAGAUGCUUUUUGUGGAGAUUCAAAUCAACCGGUGUUAGUAACCCAGGAAGGGAAUUUCCAUCCUGUUUUGUAAGCUGAAGUUUAAAAGUUUGAUUAAAAACCAACAGUAAAUUAAGGUCAGUUGCUAAAUGAAUGCUUUAAAUAAGGCAUUUUUUAAAAGAAUAAUUCCUUUUUAAAAUAACAGCUCAUUCACUACAAUGAAAUUUCAGUGAUGCUCACUCUAAGUUUUUCAGGAACAACACUAUGAGUACCUCACAGCAGAAGCAGAUGUGAGGAGCAAGUCCACUCAAAAGCUUCCCUUCAGGGGCUGGAGAGAUGGCUCAGAGCACUCGAUGCUCUUCCAAGGGAUCCAGGUUCAAUCCCCAGCACCCACACAGCAGCUCACAACUGUCUGUGACUCUCGUUUGGGGAUGCCUGAUGCCCUCUCUGGCCUCUGGGCUCCAGGAACACACAUGCUGCACAGACAUACAUGCAGGAAAACACCUACACACAAAGAAAGUCUCACCUUAGCCAGGACAGCGAUGUGUGCCUGUAACCCAAGCUGCUCCAGGAGCUGAGGUAGCAGAAUCACUUUGAACCCAAUUAGAGAUGACACUAGACAACACAGACUCUUACUAAGAGACAAAUAAAACAAAAUGCUAGCUUUAGUUAUGCAGAGAACUGAUAACGCUGUUUGUGCUUGGUGCUAGCCAUCUUUAUCCAGGAUGGACGGGGAAGGAAGUCUUUACAAUGUGACCUUGACUAUGGACGUAGCUCAGUUGGUGGAGCACUGGCCCAGCAGGCCUAAGGCCCUGCGUUAAAUUACCAGUACCACAUAACUGGGCAUGGCAGUGCACGCCUGUAGUCCAGUACUCAGAGCAUGGAAGCAGAAGGAUCAAAAGUUCAACGUCAUCCUUGACAACCAGCAAGUUUGAGACCAUCAAGGGAUGCUGGAGACCCUGUCUCUAAAUAAAGAAGUGGCCCUGUAAAACACACCAGUGACCAGUGGUUUUCCAGCUUUGCAAAUGGAGGCUGUGAGUACACCUGGAAGAAGUCAGACUAUGCCACAGUUCUCCUUGCUCCACACUGGAAUAGCUGGCUAAAGGGAUGGUGAGAUGGCGCAGUGGGCAAAGCUACCUGCUGCCAAGUCUUACGACCUGAGUUCAAGUCCCGGGACCCACAGCGUAGCAAGAGAGAACCCAUUCCCAAAAGGUAUCUGACCUCCACAUGAGAUAAAUAAAAAGAGUAACUGGCUAAA